AUGCAGGUCAUUAGUAUCAUUGCAUUGGUUCCUCUCUACUUUAGACAAUGUGGUCCUUCGAUGGACAAAUCCGUGAUCCAGUAUAGGAAGUGUGGACAACAAGCAAAAUUCCAGUCAAUCUGGUUUGAAGCACAUGUUGAAAUACCCAUCAUCCUCAAUAUCACGGAAAUGUGGACAGUAUUGAUCGCCUUGACUGGCGCUCCACUAUGGCCACUUUUUAAGAAAUGGGAUCAACAGUCAAAGGAAAAACAAGCCAAUAAGCCUGUCAUGGCGACUUCAGAUGCAUUAUGCUGA